AUGGAACUCGAACCUGUUGUGCCCCGUACCGACAACACUAGCUCUGAACCGGCGCCGGCAACCGGGGAAGCCGGAAUAUCAACGCCUUCAAGAAGCCGCUCGGCUGCCAUCAUCUUUUCCAUCACUUGCAUCACCGGUAUCAGCAAUCUUUUAGCCGGCUUGAUAACGGUGUGCAUACCGGUGAUCGCGGCAGACUUGGGUAUAGAACCCGGCCUCCAGCUAUGGCCAGCUUCGGCCUUUGCUCUGGCAUGCGGCUGUACGUUGCUCCUCUGCGCCACGGCCGCCGACCUCAUCGGCUGCCGACGUGUCUGUCUGUUGGGCGCCCUACUUCAAGCCGGCAGUGCACUCGGCGCCGGUCUUUCGAGGACACCGACUCAGCUCAUCGCCCUCCGCGCCUUCGCGGGUGUCGCGGCGUCAAUGUGUCUACCCAGCGCCGCGGGCAUCGUAUCGUCAACCUUUCCACACAACGCCAGGCCGCGGACACGAACCGCUGCCUUUUCAGCCAUGGGCGGUGGCCAAGCUGUCGGCUUCGGGCUGGGUCUUGCUCUAGGCGGCGUGUUCAGCGGCACCGUUGGCUGGCGAUGGGGCUUCCAUGCCACGGCGAUCCUCAACGUCCUCGUGCUGGGCAUCGCGAUGUGGUCGCUUCCGGUCAGCGUUGAUGACGCCGCACCGUUGGGCAGGAACACCGCUACCCGGCUCCGAAAAGAGCUGGAUUGGCUUGGGGCAUUGAUCAUCAGCACGAGCCUGGCUUUCUUGUCGUAUAUCCUGGCCGUCGUCACGGACUCUGAUGCAGGCACUCGCAUGCGGGAACCGCUCAAUAUCGUGCUCCUCGGCACUGGCGUGGCCCUCAUGCCCGUGUACGUCUUUUGGAUGCACCGUCAAAAGCUACACGGUCGACCGGCUCUGAUACCCAACGAGCUUUGGCAGAGCAAACCAUUCACAUCAGUCUGCAUCACAGUCUUCCUCGUCUGGGGCGCCCUCAACGCCAGCGAGCAGCUCACGGCACUGUACCUACAGGACGUCCGUGAAUUCUCAACGUUGACGUCCUCCUUGUACUUUCUCCCAGCACCAGUGUGCGGCCUUCUCACAAACGUGGCUGUCGCGGUCUUCUUGCCACGCCUGAAGGCUUCAUAUGCCGUCCCUGUGGCCUGCUUCGUGAGCGGACUCGCGCCGCUCCUGCUGGCAGCAUUAUGCAGGGUCCACGGGCCCAGCUACUGGGAAGCUAUCUUUCAAGCAAUGGCCAUCAACCCGAUAGGAGCGGACUUGAUGUACACCAUUGCCAUGUUGGUUGUGACCGACGCAUUUCCAUCCAAGAUGCAGGCCUUGGCGGGUGGUGUGUUUAACAUGGUCGCCCAGAUCGGGAAGAGCGUCGGCAUCGCUACGACCGCAAUCAUAGCGCAACAGGUGUCUUCACCGCUCGCGAAAAGCCUCGAUGCAAGAGAGGCACUUCUUCGAGGAUACCAUGCCGGAUGGUGGUAUAACUGCGGCCUAAGUUUCGUUUCUGUGGCCGUGAGUCUAUGGGGGUUGAGGGGCGUUGGAAGACUGGGUGUAAAGCGCGACUAA